GAGGCCCCGCCCCUGCCGCCUGUCUAGUCUCCGAGGCCCCGCCCCCGCCGUGUGUCCCGCUCCGAACCCGGAGGGCUCGCCCAGUGUAAGCUGGCAGGCGCUUGUGGCUGGGUGGUCUCCGCUCCGAGGCCUGGCCCAGAGGUUGCCACCGGCCUUGCACGUUCUCCCGCGGGGCUUGGCGUUUAUCCUUCGCUUGGAGAGAGCGCCGCUGCGCUGAGCGGCAACCCCUGCACCCAGACGAUGGAGGCGGCGCUGGCAGUGGCCCGUCUGCCCCCGCACGACCCCAAGACCCCAGCCCUGUCGGUGGUGGACAUGCACACCGGCGGAGAGCCCUUGCGCAUCGUGUACGCCGGGUGUCCGGAGGUAGCCGGGCCCACGUUGCUGGCCAAGCGGCGCUACAUGCGUCAUCACCUCGACCACGUGCGGCGGCGGCUCGUCUUCGAGCCCCGCGGCCAUCGGGACAUGUACGGAGCGGUCCUGGUGCCCAGCGAGCUGCCCGAGGCGCACCUGGGAGUCUUGUUCCUUCACAACGAAGGCUACAGCUCCAUGUGCGGCCACGCGGUGCUGGCGCUAGGCCGCUUCGCGCUAGACUUCGGACUGGUGCCUGCUCCCCCAGACGGCGCCCGGGAGACCCAGGUCAACAUCCACUGCCCGUGCGGGCUGGUGGCCGCCUUCGUGGCAUGUGAAGGUGGCCGCAGUUGCGGCCCUGUGCGCUUCCACAGCGUCCCAGCCUUCGUCCUAGCCUCAGACCUCACGGUAGAUGUUCCUGGACAUGGAAAGGUGGUGAUGGACAUCGCAUAUGGUGGGGCAUUUUAUGCAUUUGUUAGUGCAGAAAAAUUGGGACUUGAUGUGUCAUCUGCAAAGACGAGGGACCUUGUGGAGGCAGCAAGCACAGUGACAGAGACCGUGAAAGCCCAGUUUAAAAUCCACCAUCCCGAGAGUGAAGACCUUGGUUUUCUGUAUGGAACUAUUUUAACAGAUGGGAAAGAUGCCUACAGCGAGGAGCCCACCACCAACAUCUGUGUGUUUGCAGAUGAACAGGUCGACAGAAGCCCCACGGGCUCGGGAGUGACGGCCCGAAUUGCGCUGCAGUAUCACAAGGGCCUUCUGCAACUGAACCAGACCAGAACCUUCAGAAGCAGUGCCACUGGGUCAGUGUUCACGGGGCGUGCUGUGAGGGUGAGUGUACCGCUGGCGGCCCGUGGUGAGACCAAAGAGGCGGGAGCUGGGUGCUGGGAAGCGAAGUGUGGGGACUUCAAAGGCGUCGUAGUGGAAGUCGCAGGACAAGCCCAUUACACAGGGACAGCAAGUCUGACAGUGGAACGUGACGACCCACUGAGGGAUGGCUUUCUUCUCAAGUGACCUUUUCCAAAAGUCUUACGGUUUUCCUUCUAAAGUAAUUACCUAUGAGUGAUGCUUUCUCUGUAUCAUAUGAAAACCAGCAUCCAAUGACACAUAUAGGCUAUUUUUUACACUUUCUAAAUCAGUACACUAUAGCUAAAUGCAAGGCAUUCAUUAUACUUUGUAACACAAAAUACCAUUUGAGCAUAAAUAUCACUGAUAUGGCAUACAGAGUGCUAAAAAUUCAGAAACUUUGUAAUUAUUACUAUACAGAGCAAAAUUAAAACCUAGAUACUUAAUCUAUGCUGUAGAAAUGACAGUACUUUGUUUUAAAGUUUCUUUGAAUGAUAGCUUCAAUUAUAGACCACACAAUAAUAAACUUUGUGAGUUUGUGAUUUUAAUGUUCCAGUUUGAGUAAAAUAAAGGCCUCCAUAAGCAGCAUGCUGAGGAAGUUGUUAUUACAAGGUUCUCAACACUUGGCAUAAGAAAUCUUGGAAGGAUCACACAGGGUCAGGUUCUUUGGCAGGCAUUGUUAUAGGUGCUGCUGGGGUAUUGUCUUUGCUGCAGAGCCCACAUCAUCAACACCCUCUGGUACCCAAGUGCCAUAAAGUCACUAACUGAUGCUGCAAUGACCAACUCAUAACCAGAUUUUUGCCAUCUCUAAGAUAGUGCAUUUUGUUUUGGGAGUGGUCUUUUGUUUGUUAUGUGUUU